CUACUGCUAGAUCCAGUUAGACUUAUCCAGCAUUACGGACUUACCUGUGCUUCACAACAAUACCUCUGCUUUUAUUUUGUGCAUCUCCGUUCCUCAACAGCCUGAAUCAAUCGGCAGAUUCUGACUCAAUUGCGACGCCGCGAACACAGCUAACUUGUAAAUCAACGGCUGCACCGCGAUGGAAUCCAACGGCCAGAUGCAAAAGUCCGACUUGGGCUGCUCCGCUUCCGCGCUCUUCCUCCCCGAGCAGGACUUCGGCGGAAACAGUAUCUGGAGCACCGCCCCCCGCGUGGCCGCUAUCUCCGCCGCUCCCCGCGUUGCCACCAUGAAGACGCAGCCGCACCUCUUGGUGCAAGUGCCUGCGGAUGACGCAAGCGAGUGUGACGAUAACGAGAGUGAUUGUGACGAUAGCUGCUCCACUGCCUCCACCUUCUCCUGCCUCUCCCCGCGCUCAUCCGCGUCUUCCGCGUCUUCAGCCGCUGGGUCGCUCUCCCCCGCGGGAUCCCUUUCCCCCGCUACCGUGCUCCGCCGCGGGUCUCGGCGCGCAUUUUCGUGGGACGCAGAUGAAGCUUCAAACGGGGUUAACGGUACUGGCGUGGGUUGUGAUUAUAGCGAGUCUGUUGAUGACGUGAUCAAUCUGCCCGACGAUCUCGAUCUCUAUCCUCGCGAAUGCUCGCCAUCGCCUCACCCGGCUUUCGCAAACGACAGCAUUCUGGGUUGCCCCGCAUUCUCCCCCGCUGCCGCCCCCACCCCCGCCGCUUGCCUUGCGCCAGCCCCCGCCCCGUGCCUUGCGCCCGCCUGCGGAUCCGCAGCAUUUCCCGCGACCCCGCAAAUGCUGUACCAGCAGCAGCUGCAGCAGCAGCAGUUGAGCCUGUAUUGGCAGCAGAUGUACCUGAACCAGAUGCACCUACAGCAAGUAAUGUAUCUCCAGCAGCAGCAGCAGCAGCAGCAGCAGCAGCAGAAGCUCCAGCAGCAGAGCCAGCAGCGCUUCGUGGGCGCGCAGAAGGCACAGGGAGAGUCCCCGCGGGUUUUCCUUCCGCCCCGCUUCCUCCCCCAGCAGAACACCGCGGGCACGGGGGUCUUUCUCCCCCCGGCCCGCGGGUAAACAGCCAGACGAAGUUGCCGGGAGCAGGAACAGGGGGAGAAUUCGCUCGCUUUUCUAGAGCUGCGAAACCAGCUUGACUGGUAACCAAAUAAGUUUCGCCAGUGGACAUGGGUACAUGGGCUCGCCAGUCCCCUCGCUGUACAUGGGUUUGCUUCAGUUGCUUGGGUGCUGCUGCUGGUUACCUUGUCUGUGGUCCUGCUGUGCGCACAGCAGCGCACAAGGGGUAACCACCAGCAGCUCACCAAACUAGCAAGGGAUUUCCUUAAGGUACCUCUCUUUUCUGUGAGCACCUUUGCAUGUGUUGUAUAGAGAAUGGAGGAUGGUGUUUUCCAGCAUGAAAUAAAAUAAUA